AUGGCAUAUAGAAGAUUUGUUUUCUUUGCUUUCAUCGCUCUCUCUGUUUUACUUGCAUGUGUUGAAUCCAUUUCUAUGGUACGUGAAGAUUCAAUUUUGCCUCCCAACAAAAGAGCUUCAUUGUGUUGCAAAGAUCAUCCCGAGUUUGGAGUAUGUACUAGUAACACCAAGUGCAACAAGAGGUGUCUUAGAGGUUGUAAGAAUAGAAAAGGUGGCUUUUGCAAGAGAAAAGUUUGUCAUUGCUAUUGCUAAACCAGUAAACAUUUUGUUGUAGUUUCACAUACAGAGCAUGUGUGUUCUAAACCAAACAAUAAUAAGAUUAGUAAAGGAACUCUUGACUCUUGAGUAUUAAUUGAUCAAUAUGGAGAUAUAAUAUGUUGGUUUUGCUCGACCGGGAUUUGGGGUUGGUUUGACCGCGAAACAAAUUGUGUCUAAAAAGGCCGAUGCACAAUGGGAUUGCCUGAGGCAAAUAUGUGCGAGCUUCUAUGGUUUGUGGCACUCCGUUAUGCAUACUGCAAACAUGAAAGACCGCACACCUCAAAUGAACUGUCAGAGACUCAGAAGUUUUCGUUUUGGCCACGAAGCGGCUAGUCUCGACCAAACACCCAUUUGAUCCACAUUUGCUAGAAUCAAGCUUGAUUUCGUUGAUUAUCAUUAUCCAAAGUUCUAUCCAUGUUUUCCCUCCAUUUCCCAUGAUUUUUGCCAAAUGUCCCUAAGAAGAGAAAAUAAUCAAAACAAGACUAAUGAUCCUAAAGGACUCUAAAACUUGAUGCGAAUGUAAGAAAAACGACACAAAAAUGAUUCUAAGAUACGCAAACAAAACAUGUACAUCAUCUCUCAACUAAGUAAGAGUUUUAACGAGAAGGAACAGGUUGCAAAUGCAGUCAAAAACCUAUGGGAAGUCGUGAAACCUUCAGAGACCCUCCAGUUUACCGAAAAAUCAUCGAAGAACUUCUAGGAAAUGUCUAGAGAGCUUGACAGUUUUUGAGGUAUUCCAGAGGCAACCAUAACUACUUCGACACCUCCCGAAAAAUCUUUCCCUUGUCCAAUGCUAUUUGAUUGGAAUUAAUGGUUAGAUCAAAUGAACAUUAAAAGGUGCCAUGUAUUAUCGGAACUAUGAUUUGUAAAAAGACUCACAACUAAUGGACACCAUGCAUACUACAAGAAGUUAUCCCACACUAUGAAUAACCAUAUAUUUCCGUCUUGUUUCUAUUUAUUUUUCAAUCGUUUAGUUAUGGUCAGAUUUGAGAUCUCAAUAGGAACAAGAUUUUUUUGGAAUUCGGAACCAAAGGCCUCAGAAGUUAGCAAACUAGGCUAAAUGUAAAUUACUAGCUAGUUAAUAAUUGAUCAAUGAACUUGUUAACUUUGAUCAUGACUUCAAUCUUACAAUCAAGUAAAUAAGUUUG